CCAUCCAUAUAUGUGGCAACUCUGGAUACUGCACGAAAUUCUGCAUAACGUGCUAUAUUGCUAGAGAUCAGCAAUUCGACCAAUUUACCACGUGCGAAUAGAAGCUGUCAUAAGGAAAAGUAUUGAGAGAAGAAGUCGCUGCCAAGCUUCGAGAUCCGAGCAACGAGGAAGGAAAAUAUUGAUAAUCUACAAUUCGAAUAAAUGAUACAGUUUGGUUACAUGAAUUUUAAUCGAGCCGAUUUGCAAUUGUGCACGAGAAUAAACACAUCGUAUGUAGAUUACGAUACCUUGAUUUGCUUCGCUUUUGUCGGAAAAAUCCAUGAUAAAAAAUGUAUGUAAUAAAACUCGGACAACAAAUGGACGUCACGAUCAGGAUGAUCAGUCGAGUGACGAACGGUAGUUGACCGUAAAGAAGAGUGAGAGAGAGAGAGAGAGAGAGAGAGAGAGAGAGAAAGAGAGAGAGACAGAGAGAGAGAGAGAGACAGAGAGAGAGAGAGAGAGAGAGAGAGAGAGAGAGAGAGAGACAGAGAGAGAAAAGAAAAAAGAAAAGAAGAAAGAAAAAGGAAAAAGGAAAAAAAAAUAGAGAAGAAGACGAAACUUGGACCGAUUGGCUAGGGAAACGAUUUUAUAUGUAGAAAGAAAGAAAGGAAGAAAGAAAGAGUGAGUAGAAAAUAUACGAGUCGGACGUUAUGCGGUCUUUCGAAUUGAUCGAAAAAUCAGGAGCACAGGAAGGCAUCAUCGAAUGAUAACGUUCUCUCUCUCUCUCUCCCUUUUUUCCUCUCUUUUAUCUGUAUGGAAGUCUCGCAGAAUGCGACGGAGGAUGGUGAUGAUAGUGGUAGUAGUAGUGAUAGAGAUAGUGGUAGUAGUGGUGGUGGUGGUGGUGGUGGUGAAGGUGGUGGGGGAUAUAGUCGAGAGGACGGUAACUAAGGGGCGUGUUCGAGAAGGUCGAGGGUUGUCCCGGGGAUGGUUAGGAGGAUGAACGAAUGGGAAUGCUCGAAAGGUAGGUCCGAGGCCGGUGACCUUGCCAACGGUGUACCUCGAUAGGGGUGAAUCCGCCCCUAGCGCAGCCCCUCUGCCGUUUAUCGAAUUAAGCUUAUCAUUUGAUUUUGAGGAGACCCACCAGUCAGUCGUCUCGGACGCUCUUAAACGGGCCGAAAAACUUCCUCCUAUCCGUGCUAUAAUCGCAAUAAUUUGAUAUCGUUGAUCCGAUUACGCGUCAUAACUUGGCGUCGAAGAGGAGAGAAGAGAGGAAGAGAGGAGAGGAGCGGAGAGGAGAGGUGAGGCGAGGAGAGGAAGAAGAGGUCCGUUUUGCGCUCGUCGAAGCCAACAUCGAAGAGAUCGUUCUCCAGCCGUUUGCCCACGGCCUUAUACGAUAUCGCGUUAACCGACGAUUUAUCCGAUGUGAAAGGCACGCGCUCUCGAUAUCUCGUAUAUUACUUUGUGAAGGGGGUCGGGUCCAAAUACCGGGGGAAAAAGGAAAGGCUCUCACCCCUCUGGUUCUGCGGUUUACGUUCUACGUCGUCCUUGCCGUCGCAGGAGCGCGCCCGCGCCGAAAGGCGCGCUCCCUCGAGCCUCCUCCGUUCGACUUUUCCCGCGCAAUCGAACAAACAUUCUUCUUAUCUAAAGGAAACUACGUUACGCGAUAUAAGCUACGUUAUAGACCAACGUACAGUGUAAGAUCGUUAUAAUAACGUGAUCUAUUUUAUCGGAGAUCUUUAAACAAUCGGAAUUAGAAGGGUAGAAUGGAAGAAAGGGUAGCAUUCGAAAUGAUUAUCUUCAUGGAUUGAAGAGGAAAGUGGUGCUCGUUUCGAGAGUCGUCUCUUCGCAAAAGAGGAAGAGAGAGAGAGAGAGAGAGAGAGAGAGAGAGAGAGAGAGAGAAAAUUAGACAGAGAAAGAAAGAGAGGGAGAGAAAAAGUGCGAGCGAAUCGUAAACAUAAAAAACGAGAGAAAAUAAAAAAAGAAUCAACGAAAACAAUAAUGGAUUACUCGUAUUUGAAUCAAGCUGCGGCUGCCGCGGCCGCCGGCUUCGAAGCGUCCAGUUGCGCGUUGGCCGCGAGCGAGAUGCAAUGUGGUUACGGCGAUCUGAGCUCGUGCUCGCAAAUGAGCCAAGCGGCGUAUCGGUACACGGCCGCGAGAGCCGCCGGCUACUCGACGAAUGCCGGCUCGGCGAGCGGCGGUGGCAGCGCGGGUCCCCUUGGGGCCCAUCAUGCCUCGCAUCCUCAUGCCCAUCCACAUCACGGGGCCCAUGCGACUCCGUGCUCCGUAAUGGCGGCCAGAUCGCAAGACGUUCAUCGACACGCUGCCUCUAUCUUUCCUUCUGCGAUUAAUCUCCAAGGAGGAUUAGGAUACAAACCCUAUACGGGACACGACGGUCUCGCGGAAAAGCGAAAACAACGGCGCAUACGGACGACAUUUACGUCGGCCCAACUUAAAGAAUUGGAGCGUGCCUUUCAAGAAACACAUUAUCCGGAUAUUUACACCAGAGAAGAAAUCGCCAUGAAAAUCGAUUUAACGGAAGCUAGAGUACAGGUGUGGUUCCAAAAUCGUCGUGCGAAAUUCCGAAAACAGGAAAGACUGGCCCAACAAAAGUCUUCGUCUCAAGGUGGAAUAGGUGGUGAUAGUGGUGCUUCAAGUCCAGUUGCUGGAAACGUCAAAGCUGAAGGACGUUCGCCAAGAAGUCCUGCGACACCGCCAGGUGGCUCGAACGGUAGUGUCUUACCAUCGAACGAGGUCAAGCCUGUCGCUAAUCCUAAUUUGGUUAAUGUGAAACAUACACCUGACGGUACCGGGGAAAAUAGCUCACCUAGCGCUCGUGCAAACAGUGGAGGUGGUACGUGGGGUUCAUGCAGUCCAAGACCUUUCUCCACGGCGUUACCUUCUUAUUUGUUGGAUCCGCUACCUUUGAAAACCGGAAAUCUUUAUUAAUUUCGUUUCCUUUAGAUGGUUACGGUAAGCCGACAAAUUCGUGUAAAUACAAAGAGUAUCGUCUUAUCGGACUGGUUGCCGAGAAUUUCGGUGUGAUAUUUAGAUACAAGUGUGGUCGUUUAAAUUCAAAUUCGGCGCUGCGACGAUUAUUGAGAUUCAAUUAAAAAUAAUUAUCAAAAUGCGUUGACACAGUACCGAUCGAAUCGAUUCGAAGAUAAUAAGAAAUAAUUGAAGAAUUUAGAAAUGUGUAAGUUAUUAAUGACCACCCUUGUAGCAACGAGUUCGAUUCGUUACCCUGUUAUAUCAGACUUUCGGGAACAUUGUUAAUAGUUAUUUUGUUUUCCGAAGUUCACCGAUAUAUAACUUGAGGACAUUUAAAAAUGGUUGAUCGUUUCAUUUCAACUCGUAAGUCCUACUUUGAUCGAUUUAAAUCGAGAAUAAAAUGGUUGAGAGAGAGAAAAAAAGUGUAUUCGGUAAAAUAUGACUUUGGGAUAAGUUCGCACGUUAAGAUUAUUAUAAAUAUCCGCGUACUCGAUGACUGUCCACGAUAUUCGAUUAAUAGGUACAAAGUAAUGAUUAUAAAAUAAUUUGUUAUUCGCGGAUUUUUAUCCCUAGGAUUCACUCAAACGGUACGUUAGGACAUUAUCCAUAGUCAUUUGUAAAAAUCGUUAUUUAAGAGCGAGGGAAAUAGUUAAAUUCGUAAAUUUAACAUUUAAUCAUGCGAUCAUUGUUUAACAUUAGUUUUCUUAAGGUUAGAUAGAUGUGUAGAAGACCAACAGAAGCAAUAAUGGCGGUCGCCUGUACAGAAUUAACGACUACGAUUGUUCAAAAACUGAAUUUCUCUCAAACAAAUGUCUUGAUUCGUCACUUUUUGAAAAUUAAACCCGUGGAAUAGUGUCGAUUUUAAAUUCUCGAAAUCUUCAGAUGGCACUUUUUCCUUUUCUCUUUCUUGUUUUUUCUUUUUAUUAUUAUUAUUAUUAUUAUUAUUAUUAUUAUUAUUAUUAUUAUUAUUAUUAUUAUUUCUUUUUAUUUUUUACGACAAUGCCAUACGAAUCUCAUUCGUGUAUCUAUCACUUUAAGAACGCAAAUACUAGUUUGCACGUAUACCUUAGAUCGUAUAUUGUUGCACUAUGCAUAAAACCAUCGUAAUCUAUGCCACGAAUUAUUCGCAGAGACGAGUUAACGAUAAAGAGAGAAAAUGAGAAAGAUAACCCACUGCGUCCUUGAUAAUCUAAACAUAAAGCGACAGCCGUCCUGAACAAAAAAAAAAUGUUUAAAAGAAUAUAACCAAACUGUGACAAAUGUAUUGCUAAAGAAACCGAUGGGUAGGAUAGAUGGAAAUUGUAUCUAUCAUUUCCUUUUCCCUUAUUUUUUCUAUUUUUUUUUUUAAAUCAUAUUAAUCGUCCUAAAUAGACGAGACGUUAAUGAAGUCAACACGAUUUUAUCAGAUCAUUGUCCUUCCAAUUACGUAUUCAAAUUCGAAACAAUAAAUUUGACAAAGUUGACCCAAGAAAAAUUAGUAUAGCCUUUGAUCCAUUGUCACUUACAACCGUCCAUCCUCUAUCGCCUGCCUCAAAUUUAUUAAUCGAAGAUCCGUAUCACAGGAAAGUACGGUACGAGAGAAAUUUUACAUUUUUCAAGAAAUAAUGAUAAUAAUAAUAAUAAUAAUAAUAAUAAUCGAAACGCCAACCUGGAUUUAUUAGUUAAGCGCCUGGCCGUUUUAAGCAAGCGCAAAUUUUAAUAUCCUGAAAAUGUGCAAAUAACAUUUCGGGAAGAUGUGAUUUUGUAUUUAUGACUUCGAUCAGAAUCGGAUAGAUCGAGAAUUUCGAUGAGAAAUGUGAGAAUGUCGUACGUACAUAACGUGUAUAAUAACGUGAAUUCUGUAUAUUGACUUAUCAUUUAAGAUUAAGAACAACUAAAUCGCUCUAUGCAUAUAGUAAUUCUAUUGAUAAGAUAUAUAUUAUAAAAAUAACACGAUGUGUGUUAAUGUACACAGUUAUGACGUCAGAGAGAGAGAAGUUGCAGAAUGCGAAAUAUACAAAUUAUUUAUGUGUACAUCGGAGGCAGAAUGUUUAUUUAAAAACUUGUAAUAAAUAUAUUAUAAUUAAUGCGAUUAUUAACCUUAUGUAUUUCCUUCUAUUCUCUUGUCGACUUAUUGACAAAUUUUCAAGUAAUAUCAUUCGCCACCAAUAUUCCUUCUAAAUCCUUGGCCUCUUUUCAAAUAAUUCGACUAUUAUUAUUUUUAUCAAAAUAUUCUGUAUUAUACGUAACAAAAGAAAAAGAAAAGAAAAGAAAAAAGAAAAUUCACACAAGGGAAAACGCACAUUUAAUCAAUGUCGAUUCGACCUACUCUAUCAUUUAUCUUAGUCCAUUUUUCUUUCGUUGAAAUUUACAAGAGAAAAAACUAAAAGAUUACUUGCAUAGCCUACAUAUGUCAGUGUAGAUAUUUUUAUUGGAUUUAAUAAUUCAUUAACUUCAUACAAAUUUUUCUAACGUAUAAAUAAAAAAAUCCAUCGGAAUUGAUUGCUCUUAAAAGUCAAUAAAAAUCUAAAUUUUUGAAAUUGAUAUAAUCUCUUGAAUUAGAGUAACAAACUUUCUCUAAAACUCGCUUAAAUAUGAUAAUUAUAAUUAUUGAAUGUUGUGGAAUAUUUAUUAUUUUUUUAAUUCAAUUUCUUUCUACCCCAUGAGACAUGCAACAGCUGCCAUCUGUGUUCAGAAAGAUUCGUGAGUGUAGGGGGUUGAAAAUACGCCAUCUGUAAGCACGGAAGGAUUCUGUUGAAAAUGCAGGCUAACAUAAACCGACAUAGAUCCUGCGGAUGAUAAAAAGUAGGAAACUGUGAAUGUAGCUAACGAUAAUAUCACGAUAUUGUCCGUUGAUUUUACUUUUUAAUAAUUCAAAACUAUUUUAAUUUAUAUUGGGAUAUAAAAAAUUCCAUCCGGAUAACUCGUAUAUCAAUUUUAUCAGAGAUUUUCGUAUGAAUUAAAAAUAAAGGAAAAUGGAAAAUAUGCGCUUAUUGGUAGAAAAGAAAAACAGAAAUUAAAAAAAAAAAAAAAAAAAAAAAGAAAGAAAGAAAGAAAAAAGAAAACAAAUAAAUAAUAAAAUUCUUCAAAAGUCGGAUCACUGUUAAUACGUUAGUAAAUAAUAUUAAUGUAAUUCAGCUAUUUUUUUAAUCGUUAGUUAAUAAAUAUUAAACUAAAAAUUAUCCUCAUGAAUCACUUUACUUUCGAAUAUAUAUAUUCACUGAAAAUUACAAUAAUAUAAGAUUUUGUCUUAUAAUCGAUUUACAUCAUUCUUUUUCCUGAUUACACGAUUGAGAUAUGACGUGUAUGUAUGUAUAAUAAAUUUCGUUCGAUCAGAUCGUAUCGCGUCGUAAUACAUAUAUAUAUAUAUAUAUAAAUAUAUAUAUGUAUAUACGUUUCAGUGUUCAUUUUAUAUGGCGGCUUGUAACAGACACAUCUGAUGAUACUUCCAUUAAUUUGCUUUUCCUACGUAUUAUAUAAUAUAACUAUGGAUUAAAACAUUUUGCCUAUAAAUGGUCCUUUCUCACCCUCUCUCGUUCUCUCGCUCUCUCACUCUUUCUCUCUUUCUCUCUUUUUCUCUUUCUCUCUUUCUUAAAUCACGUAUAUUUAUCACCUAUUAAAUUAUUUAACUCUCAAGCGAAUAACCUUAAUUAACACGAAAGUCCUUUUUAUCGGAAAUGGAGAGUCGAACAUUUAACGUAGAGAAUUAACGUUUAAAGAGCACUCCCCAUGUUAUUAUCGUUUCUUUUAUAUAUACAUAUAUAUAUAUAUAUAUUUUUUUUUUUUUAAAUACAUAUAUAUUUAAAAAAGAAAUAUAUAAAGAAUUAUUCGUAAAGCGAAGACUUUCUGUGAUAGGCAGUGAUACAAGGUUCUAUGAUCACAUAUAACCGCACAAUAGCGCACAUGAUACAAAGAGGAGGAAUGUGCGUUUAAUGUGUGUUAAAUGUAAAUAAUAGCCAUCCUCGCAUCCCUCUCUUUUAAAUUCUCGCAUUUCAUUUCUGAAUGAUAACAUCGAUGGAACAUCGUGUAGCUUUUACGCACCGCGGACAAUUAUCAAUGAUAAAAAGAAGGAAAUUGUACUUUGUUUCACGCAGAAAGUUCGUUUAUUCGAUUAUCAUCGACGUAUAUAUUAUUUCAUUAUAGCAUUACGUUCGUUCGCUCGUUUUCGUAAUUCCAGCUUGAAAGUGACAGCAAAAUUGAUGAUAUUAAGAGAUAAAGCUAAACGAUAUUUAUGAGUAUUAUUAUUAUUAUUUUAUAAUAUCGCGUUAGAAGUAUUAUUAGUUCCAUAUAAUAAUAGUUUUCUAGCUAUGAUCGAAAAUAUAAUGACGGGCGAUGGUGGAUGUAUUAAUUUGUUUCUUUUUUUUUUUUCCAUUUCAUUUUUAAAGACCAGAGUGCUCGUCGUUCGUUCUAUUCAAUUAGAAAUAUUUCUCACUUAUUUCUUUUUUUUUUUUUUUUUUAA